GACAAAAAAGAAAAAGAAAAAAAAAAGGAAGUUAUAAUCCCCCAUAACUAUCUGCCACAUCCACAACAACCCACUCACUAACUCACCAUUUACGGCAAUGCUGCACACACAUAGAAACAUCACGCACACAUACAGAGGAGAAUCCUUUGUUUCCUUUUUGGGAGAGGAAGCAAAGAAAUAAAUGUCGAGAGAAAUGGGAGGAAAAAAAUGGGGUUGGGCUUCAUCCGCAGAGGUUGCUCUUGUGCUGGGUGUAUGGUGAGAAACUAUCUAUCCCAAUGAGAAAAACCCAGGAUAUAUGUUUUUGAUGAAAGAGGAUGAUGGAGCGGUUAAUCAUGAUGUCUCUUCACAAAAUUUGAUUUGUGAGGAGGGGUGCUGCUAGAAUCACUGGUACAAUCUUUCAAAUGAGUUCAAGGUGCAGUUGCAGUGGAAAUCCUUCUAUCAAACUGAUUUCAUUCUCCAAACAAGCAGUUGAAACUUUGAUGAUAAGUGGGUCUAGUCAUUUAUGGUCGGACUCUCCCGGGGAUUGAGCACAUAGUUAUAUAGUUGUGAUUAUAUCCCCAAGUACUAACAUGAGUGAAGACCUGAAAUUUCAGCAGAGGUGGGAGUUCAGGAGGAGAGACAGCGACGUUGAUUCUUCAAGUGAUAAUUCCAAAUCGAGUUCCAGUGGUGAGCCAGUUCUCAAGAAGCACAAACUGGUUUCCUCUCUUAUUUCGCCUGAAAAUGAUGAAACCAGUGGUACUCCUAGAUCUCAAGCAGAAGGUAAGUCUGAUCGUAGUUCAGGGGAUCACUUCAAAAUUGGGAAAGCUAACAAAAUGCAGAUUGGAUCAAGCAAGAGGAAUAAUUUAGAUAGUAAAGAGACGAAGAGGGAUUCUUUCAAGAAAGUUAAUAAAAAGAAGAGUAAGAGCAAUGCAUGUGAUCCAGCAACAUUGGAUGAUUUUAAAAUCUUCAUGGAGUCCUUAUUAGAGGAUCUUAAAGUUGCAAGAGAAAACUUGUUUGUUUGGAUGAGGGAAGAAAUGCAUAAAUUGAUGCCUGAUGGUACUAAUUCUCGGUCAUCAAGGAGAGGGGGUGAUUGUCGGCAGGAGAACGUCCAAGUGCAGCAUCAGAACAACUUUGUUUUGGGCUUGGAAGCUCAAAAUUGCAAGGGAGGAUCUUUAGGCAGGUGUGUAAAAAGGACAGCUAAUUCUACUGCAAGGUCAGCAAAGAGAAAAAGCAGUAAUGGGCAAGAGAACAUCCUAGCACAACAUCAUGCUAUCUUUGAAUCAGGCAUGAAAGCUCAGAAUUGUAAAGUUGGAUCUUUAGAGAAGUCUGUAAAAGGCAAAAAGAAGGUUGGUUCUGGUACGCAUCCAACAAGGGGAGGACAGGGGAAUGGCCAAGUGCAGCACCAGGACAACUUUGAAACAGGCUUGGAAGCUCAAAAUUGCAAUGAUAGAUCUCUGGAGAUGUCUAUAAAAAGCCACAGGACUGCUGGUUCCAGCAUUCCAUGUGAAGUCCCUAAAGAUCAAGUUGACCAAGGUCAAGCUAUUGGACCCUUGACAUCAACUGAAAGGAACAAAGGAGAAAUGUUGGAUUUAUCUGCUACAAGGCCAAACUUCUUGUCCAAUCCCUCUGAUCAAGUAGCUUCUUCGAUGUAUUUGACCUUACCUACUGUUCUACCUGAGCCCUGCUAUGAAAACUACAGGCUUGAUUCUUCCUUUUGCAAUUAUAUUCAACCAGGAAUUUCUGGGAACAAAAUGGCCAUGACUUCAGAAAGAUCAAAUCUAGUACCUAGUGCAAGCUUUCAUCGUGGAAACUUUUUAGGCAUCCAGCAAGAAGAGAAAAUUGGAAGUUUUUCUCAAAUGGGGUCCAGAAAUGUCAGUGGUAUAGACCAAAAUAGCAUUCCAACUUCAAGUUUCAGUGCUGGGUUUCCCAUUCCACUUCAUCAGGGUUUGAAUGGAUAUUUUAACAUUCCAAAUCAAGUUGGUCUGGAGAAUCUACCCCGAGAGAAUAACAUAUUGGGUCUAAGGAUGAAUGGAGGAGCCAUAAGAUUCUCUGCUGGAAGUAACGCUUUUCCAGAACAUUUUGUUGCCAAUAAUUUGCGCAGCCAUUUGAAUUACAAAGCUGAUGGUGGACUUAUGGCAUUUCAAACCCCAGACAUCAAAGACAGUCAUCUAUUCCAAAACUAGUGUAAGGGAUGAACAAGAGAUAGGAAUCAGAAUUCUUAAUCAGAUGCUUUCAAAUAGAGCUUCUAAUGCCUUGUUUCUUUGUUCUUGAAAAGAAAAGAAUGACUUAAAAAGCUCCAAUUGAAUAGCUGUUUCUUCUAUAUUUGUUUGAAUUGGGAACGGAGGUUCUAGUUUCAUUGUUUUUACUGUGAUUCUGUUCUUAUUAAAGAGUUAGCAUUUGUUGAUUGCUUAGCCACUUUUUCAGUUUAGAGGGAAAUGGCAGAAGAAGGUAACUGUGGCAUAAUCUAAGUAAUAUUGAUUGUUUGUGAA